AACCGUGCAUAAGAUUCAUUUCAAUUCUGCUUUAAAACACAAAACGUCUUUUGUUUACCAGGGGUCAGUGUUGCGUGUCGGAAUGUUCUUUGUGAGGUUUAUUAUUCCCUUAGCAACUGUCCGGCUAAAAACACAAAGGUUAAUAGCCGCAUCAUUUACGCAAGAAAGCACGACAUCGCGAUACACUGUUUGUUGCCACUGUAUCCGAGAAAAGUCGUUCCAAAGUGUUUUAAUUGUAGCUUAUAUUGGACUGCUGGGUGUGCCAAAAUCACGAGAACUUCCACGCACCAUGAAAGCAUCGUUAGUCAAUCCAACGAUGGCAAGGCUUAAAGAAGCGAUUUGCGACGGAAGAAUGUACCAAACACGGCAUCUUCUAGAGAGCGGAGUGGACGUGAAUUUCUUGGACGAGCAAGGCUUAACUCCCCUUAUGCGGGCUGCGCAACUACCUGACGAAAAAUCCCGCACACGUCACAAUUUGCUGAAACUUUUGUUGCAAUACGGUGCGAAUGUCAACAUCGUUGAUCAGAAGGGGCGACACGUGUUGUCCAGAGCUUGUAUCGACGAGAAAGAUGACAUCGUCAGGCUUCUGUGUAACGUCGCAAACCAGGAUGUUGAUUUAAAUUUGCGAGACUUUGAAGGAAACACUCCUCUGAUGCAUUCUGUUCGUGCAGGUAACACCGCAUUAGUGAAGUUCCUUGUUGACGAACUGAACAAGUUUCAAGUUGACAUAGAUGUUCGAAAUGACGAGGACAGGACGCCUUAUUUAGAGGCUAAACGACUGGGGUAUGAAGAAUGUGCUGCUAUUUUGUUGAAAGAAGGAAAUGCUUCGCCGAACAUUCAGGUGAAUCCAUUCUUGGACUUCAUGCUCUUGAAAGACGAGGUUUCUUGGAGAGGUAGGGUUAGAGGCGUUGAGGAGAGUAAAUACAGGAUUAACAGUUCCGAUGCCGCGAAAAAAAAAUUUAAUCCGCGAGAUAUACAAAAGAAGAAGACCCCUACAAAGAAGAACGCUAAUUUCUAUGACGAGAAAUCGGUGACAUACCACGAAAAGAUCUUGAAAAGAAAAACAACUUCUCCUAGAAGAAUCACUAGUGCAAAUUUAGCAAAAGACGAUGCCAAAGGUGCUGAAAAGUUACGGCCGACCCGUAGGCGAAAACUUGCCUGGCACGCACGAUAUAUGACGGAGCCGAUAUCACACAAAGAGGAAAUUACAAAAGAAAACGAGUUGAUCACAACAGGAUCAGUAGAAACGGCAGGGGACGUAGACAGUGUAAUUGGGGUCAGGUCCUCGCUGCAAGCUAAAGCCUCUUUUAUAGAGAAACAAGAAACUGCAAGUUCAAGACUAGAAACGACUCUAGUAAAUGAUACAAUAUCAAGUCUAGAGUUUACUCGAGCAGAAAAGCACCGUCAGAGUCCAAAAAUAACUCCCAAACUACAUGCAAACUCCGCUAGUGUAGGCCGAAAAUUGACAGAAUCGCGGCCAGAAUUGUCGAUGGCAAGGAAACAUUUACGAUCACAUUCCCUCGUCAACAUCAAGUCAAAAGAUGCCAUGGAUGACAAUUUUAGCUGGUACUCGCAUUUUAGCGUUUAUAAUUCACCAUCGGUGUCUUUUCUGACGAAAAUAAUGACCAUAUACGCAGAGCAAAUGUCUCCCGACUCUUCCUUUCGUUUCGGUGUUAACCCAGAAAAAAUGACGAAAAAACCCGACGAGCCGAUGGUGCCGAAAAUCUCAGUAGCGGCCACCGAGACCGGAGAUGACUUGCGGUCUGAAGGAGACCGAUCCUCUCCCUUAAGGUCUUCGUUGUCAAGUCGUAAUAACAGCCCUACAGGCUCGGUGUCGAGUCGGAGAUUUCAGUCGGCAGUAACGCGCACUGUCGCCUCAUAUCUGACUGGGCCGAAACGAUCUCUUUCAACGUUGAAAGUACAAGACGUAGAUUUCUAAGAAAUAAGUGCGGUGUGUCUCGAACUGUGACCCGCAGCCUGUAAAGUGGAUGAACAACUCAGUAAAGCUUUGUCAACUUGACAUUCGUAUAAACUGCAGGCAAACAUUCCUCAGUUUUGCGUGUUUUUUUUUUAACUCCAUUC